AUGUGGUUGCUACUUCUGUUGCAGCUUUUAUUGCUGGAUUUUUCCGUUCACGCCGCUAACGAACCUUACACAGGCAUUGACUGGAAGACCGUUGCUGGAUGUGAGGAGAAAAGAGAGGAAAAUUUUUACGUUCUCGGAUGUAAUCGAGUUUUCUACCGCUGUUAUGAUGGAAAAGCCUAUGAGUACACCUGCCCGUCGAAUCUGUUCUUCGAUCCAAGAAGGAAUCGCUGUAACCACUGGGACAAGACGAACGUAUGCGUGAAUGAGGCCGAGUACAAAAACAAAUUGGUUAGAGGAAUAAAACCAUUCGAUUGUACCGGACGUGAAGGCAGCUUUGAGCACCCUGAAAGCCCUUGUGAUAAUGUCUACUACACCUGCGUUCAUGGACGACCCGUUCGACAACAAUGCCGUGAAGAGCAUGUGUUUGAUGAGAAGACAAAUCGUUGCGAUUUCAAGCAUAACGUUCAAUCAUGUAAAAAUGUCAAAAGCAGGAAGAUAAGCGGACCAAUUGGCCCACAUCCAAUGCAUGCUUUCUCCGAUCUCAGUGCAACUUCAGGCAUUUUCCCUCCCGCACCCCCACCAUUCUCCUCUCCAAACAGUCACGACAUGUUCUGCCUAAAUCGUCCCGAUGGAGCAUACAGUGCUGGAGAUUGUCUGAAUGUAUUCUGGAAAUGUUCCAAUGGAAAAUCUUUCCAGUACCAAUGUCCUCAUGACCUCAUCUACAAUGAUUACGCCAAAAAGUGCCAGAAAAGAGAAGAUGUUCCAACUUGCGUAGACCGAGAAACUCUCCGCAAAAAUUUCGACUGCUCCACAAAGGUUGAUGGCCAUUACGAGAAGGAUCGAUGCCAACCAUACUUCUAUUCCUGUGUGGGAGGAAAAACCGAAGUACAGGAAUGCCAUACUGGGCUCGUAUUUGAUUCACGUAUUUCGGCAUGUGACUAUCCGGAAGCUUGCAGGAGUUCACAACAAACUUUCUUUGAAACACCUAUUGCUGCAGCUGAUCAUGGUUCCAUCAAUGAGAGAAAAUCAGAGCUGGGACCAUCCAUUCCCUUCCCUUGCGCUGGAGGAAAAGAUGGGCUUUUCGCUGUACAGAAGUGUUCCAAUGCAUACGUUCAGUGCCUAAAUGGUGUUUCCUACCCUAUGAGCUGCCCAGCUGGUCUCGUCUUCAACGAUGUCAAUAGACACUGCGAUUAUCUCGAUGCAUGUCUGAGCACAGUUCUCGGCAUGGGUACUCCUCUAGAUGUUCAGGAGCAUCGUGGACCGAUCAGUUUCGAAAAGAUCAGUCUGACAACUCAACUUCUUUGUCCUCAAGGACGAGAUGGACUACUCUCCCAUGGACCUUGUUCCAAGACCUAUGCUCAGUGCGUAAAUGGUACCGAAUAUGUGAUGAACUGUCCGGUUAACCUCGUAUUCAAUGGUGCUCGUGCAUACUGUGAUUAUCCCGAAUCGAUCGGCUGUCCCAGAAUAUCUUGUACCGAUGUCCCCAAUGGACCCUAUGCAGUCGGACGAUGUAGUGCUGAAUAUGUGAGUUGCUGGGAAGGAGCAAAUACGGAUUCAAGAUGUCAUGGAAACCUCAUUUUUAACCCACACAAUGGUCAAUGCGACUACCGAUAUAAUGUCCCAGAGUGCCACAGAAUGCCAAGGGCAGCCGUUGAGCCAGCACCGCUCGCUCCAGCGCCCGUCCAGACUGUCGUCAACAAGCCAAAGCCCGUCCCAGUAGUUGUUGGAAGCACAUUCUGCCUUGGGAAAAUGGAUGGUUACUACUCAGACGGAUGUUCUACAGAAUAUGGAGCUUGCAUAAGUGGCAAAUACUACAAGCUCAGAUGUCCUGGUAUCCUCAAAUUCUCGCAGACCCUGCAACGUUGUGAACCUGAAACUGAUGUCGAAGAAUGUGUAAACCAAUGCAGCUCCCGUCCCGAUGGCAUACAUCAACUCGGUUGUCAAACUAAGUACCUAGUGUGCUUCAGUGGAAAUGCGCGAAUGUUUAACUGCCCAGCUGGAUUGGUUUACCACGGACCGACUACCAGCUGCGAACAUCCAUCUCGGGUUCCUGAAUGCCGUUCUAAUUAA